GGUUCCCACAAUGCUGCUGCGCCCUGUUUGGAGAGCAGUUUGUACAAUGCGGCGGGGCUGAAAGCAAACCCUCUAGGUACUGGGUUUCUCCCCCCCCCCCUUAAUGUAAACGCAUUCUUUUAAAAAAAACGCCGCUUCAUAUUUGCAUUUGCAGAAGACGUAUCUUUUUAAGAAAAACCGCAAAGGAACAGACGCCUCCAGCGCACCCCGGAUUAUGUGGUGAUGUUGCUUUUGGAUGUUGAAGUCAUGUGAGAAGAGAGAGGGAGGGAAAAGACCAGAUUACCUGCCACCACCUGCUCGUUGCUGUGGCUGUGGUUCAUAGAUAUCUUAUGAAGGUGGAAGGCAUAUUGGUGACUGCCAGCUCAGGAUGCUGAUGGCCACUAUCGAAGAUUACCAGCUUAACAGGCAUUUGCCGUGGUUGGUUGAGAACUUCCAUCAUCAUGGCAGUGGUACCUCCAAAGGGUACAGUGAGCUGAAGGCAAAUGCUGAAUGAUUCUGUUUGUUCAGCAACCUCAAGAGGAGAGAGAGACGGAAAAACUUUUUGUUGAACAAAAGAGCGAGAAAAUGAAAUUUCCGUUCUAUUGGUGUUGAGUUGUAAAUAGCUUAUGGAAAACAUCUAAAGCAAAAUACACAGUGAGCCUUGCGGCAGUGAAUGAGAUUAAAUUUCCCCGUCAUGGCUUCAGAUCAAACGUGAUUGAUUGUGAGAGGGUUUUUCUCCCUCUCCCACUUUUUUUCUUUUAGUUAAGAAAACUUGUUUCCCCCAACUCGAGCCAGUUUAUAUCAUGCUCCGGAACGGAGUUGUUGGGAAUGUAGGGCAGCCGUGCAUGCUACGAUGGUCCAAUCGCAUCCGGUUGACCUGGCUCAGUUUUACCCUGUUCAUCAUACUGGUGUUCUUCCCGCUGAUUGCCCAUUACUACCUGACCACCAUCGACAACCUCGAUGACUCUGGCCCUCGGAUUUUCGAGCCGCGCUCAGGCAAUGCCCUGUGUGAGGUCAAGCACGUGCAAGAUCUGUGUCGCAUUCGGGAAUCGGUCAGCGAGGAACUGUUGCAGCUUGAGGCGAAGCGGCAGGAGCUCAACAGCGAAAUUGCCAAACUCAACCUGAAGAUUGAGUCCUGCAAGAAGAGCAUUGAGAAUGCCAAGCAGGACCUGCUGCAGCUCAAAAAUGUCAUCAGCCAAACUGAGCAUUCGUACAAGGAACUGGUGGCACAGAACCAGCCAAAGCUCUCGUUGCCAAUUCGCUUGUUGCCAGAGAAAGACGAGACCAACUUCCCAUUGCCAAAAUCCCCCAACAGUUGCCGCUUGCACUCUUGCUUUGAUUACUCCCGGUGUCCGCUCACAUCAGGAUUUCCUGUUUAUAUCUACCCACUGGAUCAGUACCAAUUCAGUGCUUUAAUUGAUCCAUUAAUCAAACAGGCAUUUCUGGCAACUGCUCGAACUAACACCUACAUUACAAACAAUCCUCAUGUUGCCUGUGUCUAUGUGGUCUUGAUUGGGGAGCUGCAGGGCCCUACAGUACUGAAAUUUACUGAGCUUGAAAAGCAAUUGCACUCCCUCCCUUAUUGGCGGUCAGAUGGGCACAAUCAUCUUCUCAUCAACCUGUCUAGGAGAUCCCAGACACAGAACAUGCUCUACAAUGUCAGCACGGGCAGGGCUAUGGUUGCCCAGUCUACAUUCUAUGAUAUGCAGUAUCGUCCUGGCUUUGAUCUUAUCCCCUCACCGCUCAUCCAUGCCAUGUCCGAACCUAACUUCUUGGAGAUACCUCCCCAGGUUCCAGUCAAAAGAAAGUAUCUCUUCAGUUUUCAAGGCGAGAAGAUCGAGUCGCUCAUGUCCAGUUUGCAGGAAGCCCGUUCCUUUGAGGAGGAGAUCGAGGGAAAUGCUCCAGCCGAUUAUGAUGAUAGGAUCAUUGCUACCUUGAAGGCUGUCCAGGACAGUAAGUUAGACUUGGUUCUUGUAGAGUUCACCUGCAAAAACCAACCUCAGCCUGCCUUGCCUACGGAGUGGGCACUUUGUGGAGAGAGGGAUGACAGGUUAGAAUUGCUGAAACUUUCCACUUUUGUAUUAAUUAUAACACCAGGGAAUAGCCAUCUUAUUGCUUCCACUGGCUGUUCCAUGAGGCUUUUUGAAGCCUUGGAAGUUGGAGCCAUCCCAGUAAUCCUUGGGGAACAUGUGCGGUUACCGUAUCAUGACACGAUACAUUGGAGUGAGGCAGCUCUAGUGGUGCCAAAGCCUCGCAUAACGGAAGUUCACUUCCUCCUGAGGAGCAUCUCUGACAGCGACCUCCUCAACAUGAGACAUCAAGGUCGUUUCCUAUGGGAGACUUACUUUUCCUCCUCGGAUAACGUGCUGAGCACCAUCCUGUCCACCAUGCGAACCAGAAUACAAAUUCCUGCUGCUCCCAUCCCAGAAGAGCCCUCCAAGGAGAUCCCUCACAAGACAGGAAAGACUGCAGGCACUGACCCCAACAUGGCGGACACUGGAGACCUAGACCUGGGACCCGUUGAGACUGAGCCACCAUAUGCCUCACCAAAGUACCUGCGAAACUUCACAGUGACCAUCCGAGACACUUACAGAGCCUGGAACACUGCCCCGGGACCAUUCCAUCUUUUUCCGCACACCCCAGUGGACCCCACAUUACCCUCUGAAGCCAAGUUCCUUGGGUCCGGGACCGGAUUUCGGCCUAUAGGUGCAGGAGCUGGAGGCUCUGGGAAAGAGUUCCAAGCUGCACUGGGCGGGAAUGUUCCUCGGGAACAGUUUACAGUUGUAAUGUUAACCUACGAGCGUGAAGAAGUCCUGAUGAACUCUUUGGAGAGACUGAAUGGCCUCCCUUACUUGAAUAAAGUUGUUGUAGUGUGGAAUUCUCCCAAGCCACCAUCUGAGGACCUUAUAUGGCCUGACAUUGGAGUGCCCAUUGUGGUUGUUCGUACAGAGAAGAAUAGUUUAAAUAAUCGUUUCUUACCCUGGGAUACUAUUGAAACGGAGGCAAUUCUUUCAAUUGAUGAUGAUGCUCACCUUCGCCAUGAUGAAAUUAUGUUUGGCUUUCGGGUUUGGCGGGAGGCCAGAGAUCGGAUUGUGGGUUUCCCUGGAAGGUACCAUGCUUGGGAUAUGACCCACCAGUCCUGGCUCUACAACUCCAAUUAUUCCUGUGAACUAUCCAUGGUGCUGACUGGCGCUGCCUUCUUUCACAAGUACUAUGCGUACCUCUACUCCUAUAUCAUGCCGCAGGCCAUUCGCGACAUGGUGGAUGAGUACAUUAAUUGUGAAGAUAUUGCCAUGAACUUCCUCGUCUCCCACAUCACCAGGAAACCACCGAUAAAGGUCACAUCACGCUGGACUUUCCGCUGCCCAGGAUGUCCUCAGGCUCUGUCGCAUGAUGACUCCCACUUCCAUGAAAGACAUAAAUGCAUCAACUUCUUUGUGAAGGUCUACGGGUACAUGCCGCUGCUGUACACCCAGUUCCGCGUCGACUCGGUCCUGUUCAAAACACGGCUACCACACGACAAGACCAAGUGUUUCAAAUUUAUCUGAGGGACCUUCUGAAUCCCAUUUGAGCAGGAAGGGACACCAAAAGUCAUUCCAUACCAUUUUCACCACGAGCACCUAACAGGAAGCAAAUCGGACAUUAUUUCAGAGAAAAAUCACCAAAUUCUCUUCCUGCAUUUUACUGUUAACUAGUAAUCAUCGGGUUGAUUUGAUUCUAAAUAACCUUCAUCAUAAAAGACUAGGGAGGAUAAUGAGCAAAGGAUUGCCAUUUGGAAAGUGUAACACGAUCCUAUUCGAUAUCCCAAAAAGAUGUAUGGAGGUUGUUUAUUGGGCUGGGGGAGUGAAUGUGGAUCAUGGACAGAGAUUGCUAGUCAGCUCAGAAAUAUUUCACCUUCAUCACCCUCUACUCCAAACUGUCCUGUUCUCAGUGCAUCUUUCUCUUCGGAAUUUUUUUGUUUUGUUUAACACAUGGGACAGCCUUCAUCAGGAAUAGACUGAGGCACAAUGAGGAGAGAAGGAGAUGUGUAAAUUGUACUAUCAUUUCCAUCAGCACUUCUCCCAACUUGCCGCUCCCCUCCUCCCUUCCACCCUCAUCCAUGUCGUGGGGACAUCAGUCAGUCACAAGAUAAGAUGUAGUCCGUAUCCUCACUGAAAUGAUAGUUGUGUCAGUUCACUGCCACACAGACAUAACACUGUUUCUUAAAAGUAUUAAAUAUUGGGUUUUAUUUACAACAUUGUUUUCCUUUUAGUUCUUUUGCCAUUUUGUUUAUGUCUCAGGGUUCUUUUUGGAAUUGCUCAUUUUGUAUUUUGAAAUUAGCCUUUGAAAAGUGACAAGCUGAUGCUUUGAGCAGUGGUUGGUGGUUCAAAACGUUUGGGAUUUGUCCAAAGGUACAGGCUGGCGGGGGUGUGCAAUAGCUCAGUCACCAUCUAAUAGAACAGCAGAAUUUGUUACCAAAUUCCCGUUGAAUCUGGGAGGUUUGGAAAGACCUGUUCUUCCCUCGUUUGUCAUCAAAGCACCAGAGGGUUACAGGUUAACAUUUGGAGCAGUCAAGUUCACAUCUUGCAGAGCGGAAAUGAGAUGUGGAGCAGAUUUAAUCGGAUGGGACAUUUGGCAAAGAAUGCCUCCCCAGAAAACAAGUUGACUUGCAUUCCAUGAAAUCACUGCAUAUCCGAGCAGGGGCGUUCUUGCUCUGGUUAUUACUUGGACAUUGAUCUGUAGAAGCCUCUUUGAGGAGGAGUAUGGACAGUUUUGAAACCAUGCUGCCUCAAAAAAAAAUCAGAGCAUUUUUCCUCUGUUUAGCUGCUUGAAGAACUUGGAGCUCAGCUCAUGAUAUCAGAAGCCUGUGGUGAGUUUAUAAUAUUGCAAUCACUUCAGGAUACCCAACAUCCUUGUAUAUAUCUUUAUAAUAAAGGUCAUUGUAUCUAUUGUGUAAUCCUAGUCUAAUGACAUCUGAAUUACUUAGAUUCUGUGUACACAUCAAGCCCCGUCCGAAAAAUUACUUUACAAAUAGUUCCCUGGGUGUAAUUGUCCCCAAAUUCUAGGGGGUCUGUCUCCACCCCCCCCCCCCUCCCAAUAUGAACUGGCUCUGAUUUUUUGUUAGACUUUGUUUUGACUAAAGCAAAAGAGCUUUUAAAUCUCAGAACCCAUCCCAUUAAUGAAGGGCUUAUGAAGAAAGGUUCAAUAGGCUGGGUCAGUGCCCAUUGGAGUUUAGAAAACUGCAAGAUGACUCAUUGAAAUACUUAAGAUCCCAACGGGUCUUGAAACCAAGAGCAAAUUUCCUCUAGUGAGGAGAUUAGAACAAGUCAGUUUGAGAAUAAGAUACCUCCCUUUAAGGUGGGGAUGAGGGUUAUUUUUUCAGUCAUUUGUAUAUGAAAUUCUCUUCCUCAGAAAGCAAUGGUGGCUGGGUCAUUGAAUUUACUGAAGGCAGAUUGGAGUGUUACAGGGGAACAGAUAGGCUAGUGGAGACCACAAACAGAUCAGCUAUGAUCGUAUUGAAUGGUGGAGUAGGCUCUUAAGCCUUUCUUUCUGUAUUGUUUCAAGACUUGUGUGUUUCUUGAUUUCUGGCUUUUUUGGCAUCUUGGAAUUGAAAGAUGUGUCAAUUCCAUUUUUUUCCCACUCUGCAAUAGAGUUGAUUAUUUGUACCUUAGUGAACACAUCCAUAACUUUUGACAUAUCAUGUUUAGCUUGAGGUCCUGUACCCUAAAUGAUAGCUGUUUAAAUUGGAAUCUUCAGAACCUCAAUAUUCCACAGUUGGAGCUAGUCCAAGCCAACCAUUCUGCACCAUCAGACUCCAGUCCCAGAUUUGUAAAAUUUCAAAGAACUUCAUAUCUAACUAAAUUAAAACCUGAUAGCUCUGAGUAUUUAAUCUGCAUCAUAAUUUAUGCACUGGGUGAAUACACAAUCAGUUGAUUGCAGUGGAUCAAAGUCUUGUUUAUGUGAAAUUGAGAAGAGUGGGAAAGUUAAGAUUGGAAAAAACCUUGCUUGCUCUAAUAUCGUUGGCUGAAGGAUGAUUGUAAAUUAUUUAGAUUUCAUACCAGAGCUUUGACCAUGUUGUGGGCUAUACACUUGUUAACAUUAUUGACUCGGUGUGCGGCAUACUAAGCAAAACCAGGAUUUAUACAAUCGACAUCCUAUAAAAAUGUGACAAGUCUUAAAAAGGUGCUCGUUUUUUGAUUACACCAAAUACAAGAAUCACUCUUUGAAGUGGUUAAUCAGUC